CCGCUUGCUAAAGCUGUCCGUCUCCAUGUUAGCAGCAACUCGGAGAGUCGCGUGCUCGUUACAGCAAAUCAAAGAUUUGUUUGAAAGUGGUAAUUUAACGGGAACAUAAAGCAUGUCAGGUCAUUUAAUUCAGAGGAUAAAGCUCUUGGAAGAUGAACUGGACAAACUCAGGUCCCAGCUGAGAGAAAAUAUUGGAGGAGACAUGGGGAUGACUUCCUGUUCUCCCCCCAGAGAAAGCUCAGACUUCAUGAUGUCUGAUGGGAACAGCAGGAGCAGCAAGAAGGAGUCAGGCAAGAAGCAGCGUCCCUUUGACUUCAGCUCACACCCCAGGCGCCAUGUGGCUCUGAAGCUGGCUUACCUGGGCUGGUCCUACCAGGGCUUCGCUGUUCAGGAGAACACGGACAACACGGUGGAGGCCAGGCUGUUUGAAGCCCUGCUGAAGACGCGGCUGAUUCAGGACAGACAGAGCUCCAACUAUCACCGCUGUGGUCGAACUGAUAAAGGAGUCAGUGCUUUUUCUCAAGUUAUAACCAUUGACCUGCGCUCGUCCCAGUUUUGUGGAGGACCUGGAGUCACCCUCCCUGAAAAUCUCGAUCUCGGCAUCAAAUCAAAAGCUUCCACCUCUGAGCUGCCAUAUGUGAAGAUGCUGAACAGAGUUUUGCCACAAGACAUUCGGAUCUUGGACUGGGCAGCCGCAGAGCAAGGUUUCAGUGCGCGCUUCGACUGUCAGUCCCGCACGUACCGCUACUACUUCCCCCGAGGGUCAUUGGAUGUAGAGCUGAUGGCAAACGCUGCAAAAAGAUACGAAGGAACACAUGACUUUCGCAAUCUGUGCAAAAUGGACGUGGGGAAUGGGGUCCUGCAGUUUGAGAGGACCAUCUUGUCGGCCUCGGUCAGGCCUUUGCAGCCCCAGCAGGUUUCCAGCACAGAGCAAUAUGAUCUGUUUGUGUUUGAGAUCAAAGGAUUAGCCUUUCUUUACCACCAGGUGCGUUGCAUGAUGGCGGUGCUUCUUUUGAUAGGACAACAGCUGGAAGCUCCGGAGAUAAUCGAUCAACUCCUGGAUGUUGAAAAAAAUCCCAGAAAGCCUCAAUAUAGCAUGGCAGUAGACUAUCCUCUGGUUCUGUACGACUGCCACUUCGAUGGUUUAACCUGGCAGCAGGAGGAAGAGGAGGUUGGCAACGUCCUGUCAUCACUACAGCGACACUGGACGCAGAGCGCCGUCAAAGCCCACGUUCUGCUCGGGAUGAUCCGGGGAUUGGAGGAGAGAGGUGGCGUUUCUAACAACCACUGCUGGCUGGUGGAAGGCAGCAGGCAGAAGAAUUACCGCCCGCUGCUGGAGCGUCCAUGCUGCGAGAGCCUGGAGUCCCGAAUAAACCACUUUGUUAAGAGAGGAAGACUGGAGCGAGAGGAAGGAGAGAACGGAGAUGAAACAAUCCACAGAGGGAAAAAAUCCAAACACUCCUACAAUGCAUCCUCUCCGUCUGGUUCCUCUGAGAUUCCAAAGCAAACCGUGCAGCAGGAACAAGAGGAUUAACUUUCUGGUUUCCGGGGCAAUGACUGACUUGCAGGACUUGAUUUAGUUAAUUUAAGAAAUUUUGUUUUCUUUUUGGGAAUGGGUUAAAUUUUUCCUACUGUUGUUUUUAUUUGUGCAAGCAUAGGCUUGGCUUCAAAUUAAACAUACCAUUGAAGGAA